AUGUCGUCCAUUUCGCGACCUUCUGAAUUUUCUAAGUUCCAAGCGAUCGAUGGUCAGACUAUUUACUGCAACCGCCCUGCCGAUGCUGUGGCCAUCAUACCUCCGACGUUGCUUCACCAUGCAUUUGGUGACUUCCUUCAUGACUGUGAUGUGGUUGAACCGACCUCCGAAGAUAAUUCUUUAGUGAUGAAGCUGCACACUGUGAUGUCAAACUAUUAUGAUGAUGAACGGCAGUGCGCUGUUCAACUCCGUGAGCUGUUUAAAGGGUGGGGCUUGACUUUCGUGCCCUCCGCGACGCAUCACGGCUACAUGACGGAUGGGGAUAUGCGCGAGGGAGAGUAUCGCUAUGCUAUCGCCGAAAUCAAAAAUGAAGUCGGUAGCACGCAAGCUGAUCCCUAUAACCAAGCGACUUUCUACUACAUGGAAUUUUCGAGACAGUACGCGGAAACGAUGGCGUUGUCACCUUUACCUUGCUUCAUCAUUCUUCUUUUUGGACCGUUAAUUAUGUUUGCAGGAGCAGUGUGGAACGUUCUCCCGGUUAUCCAACCUCUCUCGUUCGUUCUCCCACUCCACUACCAUCCAACAGAUACCUAUAUGCGGACCAAAGUGGCUCGUCACCUUAAAGCGUUUAAGAAUGCUGUUGUCACGCUUAAAGGGUAUUAUCAAAGUCUCUCACUGAAUAAUAACCCAUCCAGCUCGCACCAUUUGCAACUGUUCCCGUAUCCCACCUCUUUCAAGCCUCUCGGAAGUAACGCUAACGCAACGAAAGAAUUCGAAUACACAUCACAGUACCCAAACAAGCUUAUCUUUUUUGGUACUCUUGCUGGCGAGCGCAUUUGUAUCAAAUUUGCGCGUCAUUAUUCGAUGGAGGUUCACCAGUUCUCCGCUUCACGGGGACGGGCACCAGCGCUCCGUGGCUUCGACGCGCUACAUGGGGGAUGGUACAUGGUGGUGAUGGAUGCACUGGACGGUUACAAGGAUCUCUGUGAUGUCGACCCACCUCCUUUGGUUUUCGAACGGAUCAGUACCCACCUUAAGGAGUUUUAA